CAUUAUUCAUUAAGAAGCUGAAUAAUUUUCAUUUAUAUAUGUAAAAUAUUGUUACAGAAAACCAAAUUAAAGGGGAAAAAGCAAAAGUUUCAGAUCAUCAUCAAUCAUCAUGGCUAUGAGGCAAAGAGGAACUGGAUAUAGUACUACUCGUCCUAGACAAACUAAUAGACCUAUUUAUGAAGAUUUCCAGCCUAUGUCUGAAACAAAGGACGAAGAGGGAGCUCAGAUUGUUACCUUCCAUCUUCCUGGUUUUCUCAAAGAGCAAAUAAAGCUUACAGCAGUGCAUUAUCCAAGAAUCAUAAGGGUCCAAGGAGAGAGACCUCUUGGAAACAACAAAUGGAGACGUUUCACCAAAACUGUUCCCAUUCCACAAAACUGCGAAGUUAAUAAAGUUCAUAGCAAAAUCAGUAAUGGAGUCCUCACUGUUUUCUUGCCAAAGAAAGAGAUUACAACAAAAACGAGUCAACCAGCUGCAGAGAAACCCAAGACAACUGAAGCAACUCCAAGCACUUCAAAAGCUUCUCGCACCCCUCGGAGUAGUCCCCCAAAAACUGUUGCUGAUUCUGAUCAGCAAAAGGCGCAAAAGCUUCAAGAUGAUGAAAAACAAAAGGAUGAUCAGGGAAAUAUUAAUGCUUCUCUGAUUGGCCCUCAAAAAGUUGGUGUUGUUGAACAAAGAGUAGCGAAAGGUCAAGAAGAUCUUCCUCCAAAAGGUGUUUCGGAUGCCGAGAAUUAUGGUAAACAAAGCAAUGACCAGAAGACCAUUGAUCAUCCUUUGAAAAAUGUUGUUGAGAAAAUAGAUGAAAAGGCAAAAGUUCAAAACAGUUAUUUGCAGGAAAAGGAAAGAAUGAAGAAAAGUAAGGAGUCAUCAACAGCUGAUAUUAGUGCAGUGCCAAAAAAGGUUAUAGAGAAGGAAGAGGAAAAGGAAAAGAAGUCAGUAGGUACAUCAACAAAAGAGAAGCAAAUUAAGGAAUUAUUAGAAACAUCCAUAAAAAAAGAUGAAGGUGAAAAAGAUGAAGAGAGGAAGACUCUGAUAAACAUAGGCGGAGCAGUACUAGUGCUUGUGUCAUUUGGCGUUUAUGUUUCCUAUAGCUUAUUUGGUUCCUUAGGAAAAACGAAAGAUGCCUAGCCUUUGUUUUCAUGUGUUUCUUCCAUUAAUUUGCUUAUAAGUUGUUCACUAUGUGUGUAAUUUGUAAUCAACUUCUAUAAGUACACAACUUCUAUAAGUACACAA